AUGGCUCCCCAAUCCAAGGACAAGUAUUUCCCUGUCUCAUACACGGAAGACACAGACUCCCUUGGGGAUACGGUUGUCUACGACACAGAGACUCUACUACAGCAGUCUGAGAAACAGACAACGAGAAAGAGAGACUUACUCCCAGUGCUGACCGGAGUCUGCGCAUUACUGAAUAUCGCGCUGCUGGUGACAAUCAUCUUCCUUCUUCGACACCCCGAGCCAUUCAUCACCGAUCAACGAUGUGCCCGUCAACUCUCAGUCACAGUCCGACACGUUUCUAUCUCCCCAGAGAUCAUGACAGCCAUCGACAAGUCCAACAGCAACGCAGUCCAACUGCCGGACGGCAACUACCUCGGCGCCACGGAGGUGUUCCACCAACUGCACUGCCUGAAUCUCAUCCGCCAGCACUCGUACAAAGAGUACUACGACGUCGACGGACGCCGGCCUCCGGGUCUUACCGACAGCCCGGCGACUCUGCGGAAACAUCUGGAUACGAAGCAUAAAUGUCGGAAGUUUGAUAAGAUUGUCGAGUGGGAGAAGAAGAACCAGAUCAAGGAUCCGGUCCGGCCGGAGGAUGCAGUGGUGCUGCAGACACCACCGACAAGGUAG